AUGGCUUGCGUGGAAAUUGGUGGACGCCGGCAGGUGAAGGUCCCAUUGUCCUCCGUGAAGGGACAGGGCUUCACCGUCGUGAAGGAGCUCGGUCGAGGAGGUCAAGGUACCAUGUACCUUUGUACCAAGUGGUCUUGGUUCCGAAAGUCGAAGUACUGCAUCAAGUUCUAUGAGAAAGCUGAUGCCAACGCAGGCGGUUUGGAUGAGCUCAUGGACGAGUACGUGCUCAUGGCUUCCCUGGACAAUCCCCACAUCGCCAAGACCUACGAGGUGUUUCAAGACAAGUCCUUCUACUACCUCGUGAACGAGCCCUAUUUCGGCGGAGAUCUCACGAAGCUCGGGAAGAAUGCCUCGCAACAGGGCGUGAGGAUGGGUGAGAAUUGGUGGCGCCAAAUCUUCCGACAGUGCAUGGAUGG